GCCCCGUAACAGCAGGCCUGGGGACCGGAUUCUCAUUAGCACAAAGUCCCUUUCCACCAUGGUAAUGCACCGGGGCCUGGAAGUGACUUGCUAGGAGUGCAGUUAUUUCUGUACCAGACUCAGCGGAUCCAGUUUGUUGAAGUUAGUGACACCGCAAAGAUCCACUGUUCUUCCAAAGAAAACCUGGAAGGCGGAAGUAGCAUGUUUUGGUAUUUGAGAAGAGAAGGUGAGAAACCCACCUGCAUUAAGCGCUGUUUGGAUGAUCAAAAUGUAAGUAAAUUUGCUUGCAAACACGAGACACACAGCUCGACGCUGGAAAUCAGCAAUAUUCAAAAGACUGAGUCUGGCAUUUACUACUGUGCAUUUGAAUACAGCAGCUACCUGAUUUUUGGAAAUGGAACUACACUGAUUGUUGGAGACAGUUAUACCAACAGCAGCUGGGUGAUGCUUCUGGUCCCAUUUCCACGUGGCAGUCAAGUCACUGGGACAGCGAAUCUGGCCUGUGUGAUCCAUGGAGUGUCCAGCCCAGUCCAUGUUUCCUGGAGUGUUUCUGGGGAGCUGCAGGAACAGGGGCUGACGCACUCAUUGAAAGCAAAGGAUGGAUCUUUAAUGCUCAGAAAUCACAUCAGCGUCCCCAUGGACACCUGGACCAGUGGGAAGAAUUUCACCUGUGAAGUCAAAUUCAACUCUUCUGGCAGCAGUGUAAAGAAAAGUACCAGGUAUCCUGCAGCUUCCUCCACUGCCUUUGCUAGCAAGUGCUCACAUUACAUCAUGCCCCUUGCGGCUGGUGCUGGUCUGCUGCUGCUGUUGGUGUCUCUGAGCCUCGUCUGGACCCUCUGCCCUUCCACUCUAGGAUUCAAGCCCAGGAUCUCAGCACCCCCAGCUUCAGAGGAGAACCAGGGUGGAAUCUUAUACGCUCAUCUGGAUUUUGAUUCGCGGAAUCGCAACGGGCGCACGAUGCAGCGAUCGGCCAGAGGGAAACGUGUAAAACCCUGAACUGUCUAGUGCAGGGGAAUCCACACGUGGGAACUGAUGUGUGUCAGACGUAGCAGCUGGAAGAAGGCUCUGUCCGUCUCCGUCUCCUUUCUUUUUUAGUUUCUCCACUUCUCUGUUUAGAAUAAAAAGGUCAGAAGAUCCCCACAGAGUCCAGCCUCGUCAGGUGGGAAAUCUCCUUUUGGGAUAUAAAGGCAUCAGGGUGUAGAUGACUUUACACGUCACUUGUGUAUUAGAUUGGAAGCUCUUUGGGGCAGGGACUGUCUCUUUGUUCUGUGUUUGUGCUGCACCUAGCACAGAGGGGUCUGGUCCAUAACCGGGGCUCCUGGGUGCUAUGGUAACACAAUCAUCAUCCUCCGCACAUCUGCAGAGGGACCCGGACACAGCUGAACGGCUGCAGCUUCCCUGCACAGAGAGAGGCCGGACGGCAGGAGCCUGCAGAGGGGACAUGCAGCCCCUGUAUAUGCCACAGCUCCCAGCUCCCCUGAUUCUCAGCUGUAAUGUUACAUGGACGUGCAAUGGGAUUGUGAAGGGGAAGGAUGGAUGCAGGAGCUGGCAGGGAUGAGAAUCUCUCCCCAGGCUAGGGCUGGAGCUGCUACUCCAGUGCUACCUCUGGAGCAGUGUUUCUCAACGACUGGUCCAUGGUCCGGCGCCGGUCCCUGAGAUCUUCCUGACACAGUUUAGGAAGGCAGCAAGCCAGUCCCUGGUAUCCAAAAGGUUGAGAAACACUCUCUAGAGUCUGCUGCUUUUCCCCAAGGGCGAGAUUUCACAGAGGCCCAUGUGCCAGCCCACGGGCGAGAUUCACAGAGGCCCAUGUGCCAGCCCUUCUGCACCAUCUAACAAUAACAACACGUUAUCAAUGACUGGAGCUCUCCUGGUGCCUGAGCCUGCACGCGCUGCCUGUUUGCAU